AUGAUUAAGAAGUUCUUUACAGUGAAUACCUUUACCAAAUUUCUACAGAUCUACGAUGCUAGUAUUAAUGACUGGCGUGUUCUAGAUGAGAAAACGCGUACCGAUGUCAUUGAAAAGAUUGUAGAGGCUCCCAAGAAAACCGUUUACAUCGAUGAGUACACUGAAAUUGAGAAAAAUUCAAAAAUAUUGGAAGAUAAUGAAAAUAUUGAAUACAAUUUAAACACGACUUCAAAACGUAAAGAUGUAACCGAAAAUAUUUACGAUGAAAUAAAUGAAACGCAAAUAAAUCGCAAGAAAUUAACCGAUUCACGAAAGGAUGGAGUCGAUAAAAGAACAACUCAAAUAACUACUCACACUGAAAUGUGCAUAUGUGAAAUUUGUACUUGCGGACGCCAUCAUUGUACAACAAGUGAUACAGCAUCGACAAUCUUAAAACAGGACACUCUUAUAGAAUCGACAGAUAUGGUUGACAAUGUUGAAACAACAAGAGUGCGCACAAAUACGUGGUCGAAAUCAGAUUUUGAAGACAAUGAAUCUCUAACCACAACUAGAAAAAGUGACAAAUACAUUCCCAAACCACUAACAGGUACCGAAAGACAUUUAGAUAGCACUAAGGAAGUAACAGAAAAUGAAGAAUACGAAUAUAUUAUACGAACUCAACCAGUGCGACCCCAUGACAACUUGAAGCCGGAAGGUGAAUUUUACAAACCCGAAAAGGAGCAGUAUAGAACGACCGAAAGACCAACUCCCGUCAAACCGGAAGAUAAUUUAAGACCAGAGGGUGAGUUUUACACACCCGAUAAACCAGGUUAUAGACCCUCGGAACGUCCUCAACAAAAAAGACCUGAAGACAAUCUUAAACCUGAAGGAGAAUUCUAUACUCCAGAAAAACCUGGAUACAGACCUGCAGACAGAACUGAAGUCAUAAUAAGAAAAGAUAAUCUUAGAACUGAAGGUGAAAUGACUUUUACAGAAAAAGAAGAAUACAAAUAUGUGCAAAGACCACAACCAGUUCUAAGGGGUGACAAUCUCAAACCUGAGGGAGACUUUUAUUCUCCGGAAAAACCUCAAUAUAAACCAGGCGAACGACCCUCUCAAGUACGCCCUGAAGACAAUUUGAAACCAGAAGGCGAAUUUUAUACCCCUGAUAAACCUGGCUUCAGGCCAGCUGAGAGACCUCAACAGAAACGACCAGAGGAUAACUUAAAACCAGAAGGUGAUUUCUAUGCUCCAGAAAAACCUUCGUACAAACCUGGUGAAAGGCCUUCGCAAAUUCGUCAGGCUGAUAACUUGAAACCAGAAGGUGAUUUUUAUACACCAGAAAAACCUGGAUUUAAACCUGCAGAAAGACCUCAACAAAAACGUCCUGAGGAUAAUUUGAAGCCAGAAGGUGAUUUUUACGCUCCCGAUAAACCCUCCUACAAGCCAGGCGAAAGACCUACUCAGGUUCGUCAUGAAGACAACUUAAAACCUGAAGGUGAUUUUUAUACUCCAGAAAAGCCAGGUUUUAAGCCAGCAGAAAGACCACAACAAAAACGCCCCGAGGAUAAUUUAAGACCGGAGGGAGAAUUUUACACACCAGAAAAACCUGGAUUUAAACCUGCAGAAAGACUUCAACAAAAACGCCCUGAGGAUAAUUUGAAGCCUGAAGGUGAUUUUUACGCUCCGGAUAAACCCUCCUACAAACCUGGUGAAAGACCUACUCAAGUUCGCCAUGCAGAUAACUUGAGACCAGAAGGCGAUUUUUAUACUCCAGAAAAGCCAGGUUUUAAGCCUGCAGAAAGACCACAACAAAAACGACCAGAGGAUAAUUUAAAACCAGAAGGUGACUUCUAUGCGCCUGAAAAGCCUUCUUAUAAGCCAGGUGAACGGCCCACUCAAGUUCGCCCAGAAGACAAUUUAAGACCUGAAGGUGAAUUUUAUACUCCAGAAAAGACAGGUUUUAAACCAGCCGAAAGACCACAACAAAAACGUCCAGAAGAUAACUUGAAACCAGAGGGAGAUUUUUACACACCGGACAAACCUUCAUACAAACCUGGCGAAAGGCCAACGCAAGUUCGCCAUGAGGAUAAUUUAAGACCUGAGGGUGAGUUUUAUACCCCUGAAAAACCUGGCUUCCGACCAGCAGAAAGACCUCAGCAAAAGCGCCCAGAAGACAAUCUUAAACCAGAAGGUGAUUUUUACGCUCCCGAUAAACCGUCGUACAAACCAGGUGAAAGACCUACUCAAGUUCGACCUGAAGACAAUUUAAGACCAGAAGGUGAAUUUUACACUCCAGAAAAACCUGGCUUCCGACCAGCAGAAAGACCUCAGCAAAAACGUCCAGAAGACAAUCUCAAACCAGAAGGUGAUUUUUACACUCCGGAUAAACCUUCGUACAAACCAGGCGAAAGACCCACACAAGUUCGGCCAGAAGACAAUUUAAGACCAGAAGGUGAAUUUUACGCUCCCGAAAAGCCUGGAUUCAAACCAGCGGAAAGACCACAACAAAAACGACCGGAAGAUAAUCUAAAACCUGAAGGCGAGUUUUAUGCACCAGAUAAACCAACAUAUAAACCUGGUGAAAGACCAUCUCAAGUUCGUCCCGAAGACAAUCUUCGACCAGAAGGUGAAUUCUACACCCCAGAAAAGCCAGGAUUCAGACCAGCAGAAAAAACGGAAAGGGUUAUUAGAAAGGACAAUCUUCGCACAGAAGGAGAAAUGUUUUUCACAGAAAAAGAAGAAUAUCAUUAUGUUAGCCGACCCGAACCUGUCAAAAGAUUGGACAACUUAAAACCAGAAGGUGAAUUUUAUACUCCUGAAAAACCUAAAUUUGUUCCAGGUGAAAGACCCACUCAGGUACGUCACGAUGAUAACUUAAAACCCGAAGGAGAAUUCUAUACACCAGAAAAACCUGGAUUCAGACCAGCAGAACGUCCCACACAGAAGAAACCAGAGGAUAAUCUGAAACCUGAAGGUGAAUUCUAUACCCCAGAUAAACCUGGAUAUAGACCAGCAGAACGACCUAUUCAGAAAAAACCGCAAGAUAAUUUGAAGCCAGAGGGCGAAUUCACUGUUCCGGAUAAACCAACCUUCACCCCUGCUGAAAAAACCGAGCGUAUUAUUAGGAAGGAUAAUUUACGUACCGAGGGUGAAAUGACAUUUACCGAGAAAGAAGAAUACCAAUAUGUUAUUCGUCAAGAACCUGUAAAACGAUUGGAUAAUUUGAAACCGGAAGGAGAUUUUUAUACACCAGAAAAGCCAAAAUAUAUCGCUGGUGAACGUCCCCACCAAAUUCGACCAGAAGAUAACUUAAAGCCUGAAGGAGAAUUCUACACUCCUGAAAAGACCGGCUUCAGGCCUGCUGAACGCCCAGUUCAAAAGAAACCGGAAGACAAUCUAAGGCCAGAAGGCGAAUUUACGGUUCCUGAUAAGCCUGUCUUUAAACCAGCUGAACGAACUGAAAGAAUAAUAAGAACAGAUAACCUACGCACGGAAGGUGAAAUGACAUUUGUUGAGAAAGAAGAAUACCAGUAUGUUAAGCGGCCAGAACCUGUAAGGAGAUUAGACAAUCUUAAGCCUGAAGGAGAAUUUUAUGCCCCAGAAAAACAAAAAUACAUGCCUGGAGAAAGACCAACACAAGUGCGACCAGAAGAUAAUCUGAAACCAGAAGGAGAUUUCUACACCCCAGAGAAACCAGGCUUCCGUCCAGCUGAAAGACCUGUGCAAAAGAAACCAGAAGAUAAUCUUAAGCCUGAAGGCGAUUUUUACACCCCAGAGAAACCAGGCUUCCGUCCAGCUGAAAGACCGGUGCAAAAGAAACCAGAAGAUAAUCUUAAGCCUGAGGGAGAUUUUUACACUCCAGAAAAACCUGGUUUCCGUCCAGCUGAAAGACCAGUUCAAAAGAAACCAGAGGAUAAUUUAAAACCAGAAGGAGAUUUCUACACCCCGGAGAAACCAGGUUUCCGUCCAGCUGAAAGACCGGUGCAAAAGAAACCAGAAGAUAAUCUUAAGCCUGAAGGCGAUUUUAACACCCCAGAGAAACCAGGCUUCCGUCCAGCUGAA